CUGUACGGCAGCCGGCUCUGGUGCGCGUGCGCGGCGCCGUCGGAAGGGAGUCCGGGAGCGGCGGGAAGGCAGGCGGCCAUGCCCCGGGAGAUCAUCACCCUGCAGCUGGGCCAGUGCGGCAACCAGAUCGGCUUCGAGUUCUGGAAGCAGCUCUGUGCAGAACAUGGCAUCAGCCCCGAGGGCAUCGUGGAGGAGUUCGCCAUGGAGGGCACCGACCGCAAGGAUGUCUUUUUCUACCAGGCUGAUGAUGAGCACUAUAUCCCACGAGCUGUUCUCCUGGACCUGGAACCACGAGUUAUUCACUCCAUCCUGAACUCCCCAUAUGCUAAGCUGUACAACCCAGAAAACAUAUACCUGUCUGAGCAUGGUGGUGGGGCUGGGAAUAACUGGGCCAGCGGCUUUUCACAGGGAGAAAAGAUCCAUGAAGAUAUCUUUGACAUUAUAGACAGAGAAGCUGAUGGCAGUGACAGUUUAGAGGGUUUUGUGCUGUGCCAUUCCAUUGCAGGCGGGACUGGAUCGGGCUUGGGUUCUUAUCUCCUCGAGAGAUUGAAUGACAGGUACCCUAAGAAACUGGUGCAGACGUACUCGGUUUUCCCCAACCAGGAUGAGAUGAGUGAUGUGGUGGUGCAGCCCUACAACUCUCUCCUGACGCUCAAGCGGCUGACUCAGAAUGCUGAUUGCGUGGUGGUUCUAGACAACACAGCUUUGAAUCGCAUCGCCACCGACAGGCUGCACAUCCAGAACCCCACUUUUUCCCAGAUCAACCAGCUGGUUUCCACCAUCAUGUCUGCCAGCACGACGACCUUACGUUAUCCCGGCUACAUGAACAACGAUUUGAUUGGGCUGAUUGCCUCCCUUAUCCCGACCCCCAGGUUGCAUUUCUUGAUCACAGGGUAUACGCCUCUCACCACAGACCAGGCUGUGGCCAGCGUGCGCAAAACCACCGUCCUGGAUGUCAUGCGGCGACUUCUGCAACCCAAGAAUGUCAUGGUAUCCAUGGGGCGUGAUCGACAGACGAACCACUGCUACAUCGCUAUCCUCAACAUAAUCCAGGGGGAAGUGGACCCCACUCAGGUCCAUAAGAGUUUGCAGCGAAUUCGUGAAAGGAAGCUGGCCAAUUUCAUCCCUUGGGGCCCAGCCAGCAUUCAAGUGGCCCUUUCCAGGAAGUCUCCGUACUUGCCUUCAGCUCACAGAGUUAGUGGGCUAAUGAUGGCUAAUCACACCAACAUCUCCUCGCUCUUUGAACGCACUUGCCAUCAAUAUGACAAACUGCGCAAGCGUGAAGCCUUCCUGGAGCAAUUCCGCAAGGAAGACAUGUUCAAGGAGAACUUUGAUGAACUCGAUGACUCCCGCAAGGUUGUCCAGGAGCUGAUAGACGAGUACCAUGCUGCCACGCGGCCUGACUACAUCUCCUGGGGUACACAAGAGCAGUGAGCGGCUUUUGGAGGCUUGAGUCUCUUACUCUCUCACAAGCAUGCAGCCACCUCCGCCAUCCCUCCAACGCAGGCAGGGGGAGUCCCUGAGUUGAACAGUUUGUGUGGCUGUAGAGCUUAGCCUCUCAUCCAUCCCCCUUGUCCCUUGAGAGUCCAGGCACUGGGUGUCUGUCUUACUAGAGAUGGUGAAAACCAUACGUUUUGUAUGGCAUCUCUGUUUAAAGUGGAAUUCACUGGGUCUAGUAAGUUUUUCCCUGUUUGUUCCCUCUACUUCUCACAAAUGUAGUUCAUUAAAUGCUUUCCUUUCGGCAACAGUA